AUGGAGAAGCAGUUUUCGCCCCAAGAUCUUUUGGUGGAGGCGCUACUUGAAGCAGUGGCGCAGUACGAAGAAAUCGCCAACUCGCCUUUCCGCGAAAACUUCAUAGGCGGGUUCCAGAGUUUGAGCCGGGCGAAUUUUUCGGGCGCGCGCCGUUUUGGCGCCGAUUCGUUCGACAUGCGCCCUCACCUGGCCUGCGCGACAGUCGAGUGUGGAACGGAGUUUUCUCUCGUGAGCGAGGUGCCAAGAAAGAAAGAGAGAAAAGAAAGGAAGAAAGAGAGCAAGGAAGAUAAAAAGGAGGUUAAGAAGGAAGUCAAAGAGGAAGUCAAAGAGGAAGUGACCACUACAAAAGAGACCAGGGACACAAAAAAAAAAGACGCCGAAGCAAAUGGUCUGAAGGACGAUGGAGAGGCCGAACGUUUGGCUGAGUUUUUGGGCGAGGUGCGCGUUUCUGGCCGAGACUCGCGCCAACUUCGCAGCAGAGAAAAGGCUCGAACAGCACUGAGUUUGCCUUCUGAGGGUAAAAACUCAGAAGCUUUGGAGCGGGAAAAGGAAAAGCUGGAAGAGCUGAAAAAUCUGGAAACGCUGGAAACGCUGGAAAUGGAAAAGCUGGAAAAGCUGAAAAAUAUGAAAAACCUGAAAAAUCUGGAAAAGCUCGAGACACUCUCGAAACCAGAUCUGCCAGAGCAAGCAAAAUCUCUGGAACCCAAAGAUCCAAUGGCCCAGUUCGGCGCUCUUGUGCCUCUACAGUUGGUUCAAGCCCAGCAAUCUUUUCAUAGCGCCUUGGAAAACUCGAUCCACCUAGCCAAUUUGCAGAAAAAAAUAGUUUCUCUAGUUGCUGAGAUCGAGAAGCUCUCGCUCUGA